CCCUAAGAUAGCUUCAGAGAAGAAGCUUUACGCGAUGGUGCUACCUGGCUUUUGGAUGGACAUUGGUCAACCGAAAGAUUACAUAACCGGGCAAAGAAUGUACCUUAACUCCCUCAGAGAAAAAUCUUCACAGGAACUGGCGACAGGGGAUAACAUAAUUGGGAAUGUUCUUGUGGAUGAAAGUGCGGUCAUAGGAGAAGGUUGCUUGAUCGGACCUGAUGUGGUGAUUGGUCGGGGAUGUGUGAUUGAUUCAGGUGUUAGAUUGUUGGGUUGUACUGUAAUGCGUGGAGUUUGGAUCAAGGAACAUGCGUGCAUCUCUAAUAGUAUCGUGGGAUGGGAUUCGACUGUUGGAAGGUGGGCUCGGGUUGUUAACAUAACGGUUCUUGGCAAAGAUGUUCAUGUUGCCGAUGCAGAGGUUUACAACAGCGGGGCUGUUAUCGAAGACCAAGCGUCUGUGAAACCGGAGAUCGUCAUGUGACUUUUAUAUUCAGUAUCCAGAGCUCUGUUGUGUUGUAUCUAUAUUAGUCUUCUCGUUUAAUCUAUGAUGACUAGCAUAAUAAAAAUGUGGGUAUGUAAUUUGACAUAAGUGACUUAUUUAAUAUUUCGGUUAAAGACA